ACUCUUCAUUCUCUCUUUUUUCUUCGUUGUUUCUUCUCUUUAUCGCUGUUCGCAGAAAAAUAAAAAACCAGAGAAAAAUAUUCUCACUAAGAUUUAAGCUGAGAAAAAAAUAUAAACCUUUGUGUUCUCUUCAUCAAUUCAAUUUAACGUUGAUACUCUCUGAAGAAUCAUCACAAAGGUUUUGAUUGAAAUUAAAAUCUGUGAUUUGGCUCCAUCGAGUUGAUCUCUUUUGAAGAAAUUAUUGUUUCUCGUUGAUUGUUAACCGUUAGAUCUGAAGUAUUCUUGCUGCUGUUGAUUGAAUAAGUAGCAUGUGGUUUUGGAGAAUUUUUUAAAUUAUCGAAUUUGAAAGCAUGAUUCGUUGUUGAAGAAGGAGAGGCUGGUAAAGAGUUUCGUUUCUGCGUUUUGUGGUUUGAUAGUUUGUUGAUAAAUAUGAAGAGGUCGAGAGAAGACGUUUUCAUGACUUCGCCGCAACUCAAACGACCUAUGGUUUCGUCUUCUAGAGGAGAAGGGUCGGGGCAACCUUUGAUGAUGAAUGGAGGUGCUCAAAAGCUGACUACUAAUGAUGCAUUAGCGUAUCUUAAGGCAGUGAAGGAUAUAUUUCAAGAUAAGAAGGAUAAAUAUGAUGACUUUUUGGAGGUCAUGAAAGAUUUCAAAGCACAAAGAAUUGAUACUGCGGGUGUCAUAGCAAGAGUGAAGGAACUUUUUGAAGGGCACAGAGAUUUGAUAUUGGGAUUUAACACCUUUUUGCCAAAGGGAUAUGAAAUCACCCUUCCAUUAGAGGACGAGGGACCUCAUCCUAAAAAGCCUGUUGAAUUUGAAGAAGCUAUAAGUUUUGUGAACAAGAUAAAGGCUCGAUUUCAAGAUGACGAUCACGUUUACAAGUCAUUUCUAGACAUAUUGAAUAUGUACAGAAAGGAAAAUAAGGCUAUCAACGAUGUCUAUCAGGAGGUUGCUGCACUUUUCCAAGAUCACCCCGAUCUUCUCGAUGAGUUCAUUCAUUUUCUUCCUGACGCUUCUGCAGCUGCCUCUUCUCAUGCUGUUGGUCGGCAUUCUCUGCUUCGUGAUAGGAGCUCUGCAAUGCCAGCAGUGCGGCAAGUGCAUGUUGAAAAGAGAGAAAGGACCAUUGUUUCACAUGGUGAUCGUGAUCCCAGUGUUGACCGUCCUGACCCAGAUUAUGACAGAAGUUUGUUGAGGAUAGAAAAGGAGCAAAAGAGACGCCUGGAGAAGGAAAAGGACCGUAGAGAAGAUAAAGACAGGAGAGAACGGGAAAGAAAUGAUAGAGAUUAUGAGCAUGACGGGGGUCGAGAUAGGGAGCGGUUUUCCCACAAACGGAAAUCUGAUCGUAAGGCUGAAGACUCAAGAGCUGAAGCAUUGCUUGAUGCAGAUCAAAAUUUUGGGAUGUAUAGUCAAGAGUUAGCUUUCUGUGAUAAAGUCAAAGAGAAAUUGCGAAAUCCUGAUGACUACCAGGAAUUUUUGAAGUGUUUACAUAUUUACAGCAGGGAAAUAAUUACCCGACAAGAAUUGCAGUCACUGGUGGGUGAUUUACUUGGAAAGUAUCCAGAUCUUAUGGAAGGGUUUAAUGAAUUUUUGCUACAAGCUGAGAAGAAUGAUGGUGGAUUCCUUGCUGGUGUCAUGAAUAAAAAGUCCUUAUGGAUUGAAGGACAUGGACUGAAACCAAUGAAGGCUGAACAGAGGGAUAGGGAUAAAGAUCGUUACAGGGAUGAUGGGAUGAAGGAAAGGGAUCGUGAAUUUCGAGAAAGGGACAAAUCGACUGUGAUUUCUAACAAGGAUGUUUCGGGUUCUAAGAUGUCUCUAUAUCCCAGCAAGGAUAAGUAUCUUUCAAAACCAAUAAAUGAGCUUGACCUUUCGAACUGUGACCGGUGCACUCCCAGUUACCGUCUCCUACCAAAAAAUUAUCCAAUACCUAUAGCUAGCCAGAAAACAAAGCUUGGUGCAGAAGUGUUGAAUGAUCACUGGGUGUCUGUCACUUCAGGAAGUGAGGAUUAUUCCUUUAAACAUAUGCGCAAAAAUCAGUAUGAAGAGAGUUUGUUUAGAUGUGAAGAUGACAGAUUUGAACUCGAUAUGUUGUUAGAGUCUGUAAACGCAACAACUAAACGAGUAGAAGAGCUUUUAGAAAAGAUCAACAAAAAUAUAAUUAAAGGAGACAGCCCGAUUCGUAUUGAGGAGCACUUAACAGCUCUAAAUCUCAGGUGUAUUGAACGGAUAUAUGGUGACCAUGGUCUUGAUGCGUUGGAAGUUCUAAAGAAGAAUGCAUCUCUAGCUUUGCCAGUGGUAUUAACACGCUUGAAGCAGAAACAGGAAGAGUGGGCAAGAUGUCGUACUGACUUUAGUAAAGUUUGGGCUGAAAUAUAUGCUAAGAAUCAUCACAAAUCUCUUGAUCAUCGUAGCUUCUACUUUAAGCAACAGGACGCAAAAAGUUUGAGCACCAAAGCCUUGCUGGCCGAAAUCAAAGAAAUUAGUGACAAGAAACACAAAGAAGAUGAUGUUCUUCUUGCAAUUGCUGCUGGAAAUAGACGGCCUAUUCUUCCAAACCUGGAGUUUGAGUAUCUGGAUCCAGACAUUCAUGAAGAUUUGUAUCAGCUUAUAAAAUAUUCAUGUGGAGAAGUUUGCACAACUGAACAGUUGGAUAAAGUUAUGAAGGUUUGGACAACAUUUUUAGAACCCAUGCUUUGUGUUCCUUCUCGGCCUCACGGUGCUGAGGAUACUGAAGAUGUAGUUGUGGCUAAGAAUAAUUCUGUCAGAGGUGUCGCUGAAAGCGAAGGUAGUCCUGGUGUUGUUGCUACCAUAGUGAACCCAAAGCAUAUGAAUUCUUCUAGAAAUGGAGAUGAUUCUGUGCCAUUAGAUCAGUCAACUUCUAGCAAAGCAUGGCAAUCCAAUGGUGAUACAGGGGUUAGAGAAGAUAAGUGUCUUGAUUCAGACCGUAAUGUGCGUAAAACUGAAACUUUCGGCAAUAAUACACAACACGCUAAAUUGGAUGUUAGUGCAUUCAUGCCUGAUGAACCAUCAGGAGUCAAUACGCAAGAACACCCUGGUGAGCGGUUAGUGAGUGCUAAUGUCUCUCCAGCAUUUGGAAUGGAGCCAAGUAAUGGAAGAACGAAGACUGAUAAUACAUCAGGACUGACUGCUACUCCAUCUAGAAAUGGUAAUGUACCUGUUGCGGGAGGACUUGAAUUACCUUCAUCAGAGGGCGGUGAUUCUGCAAGACCAGGUACAUCCACAAAUGGGGCCACUGCUGGAGGCACCGAAGUUUGCAGAUACCAAGAUGAAACAAUUCAACACUUCAAAAGUGAAAGAGAAGAGGGCGAGUUAUCUCCAAAUGGAGACUUUGAAGAGGAUAAUUUUGCAGUUUAUGGAGAUACUGGUUUGGAUGCAGUGCAUAAAGGAAAGGAUGGUGGGGUGAAUCGGCAAUACCAAAAUAAACAUGGGGAAGAAGCUUGUGGUGAAGCCAGAGGAGAAAAUUAUGUGGAUGCUGAUGAUGAAGGUGAAGAAAGUCCUCACAGGUCAUCAGAUGACAGUGAAAAUGCAUCGGAAAAUGUUUCUGGAAGCGAAUCUGCCGAUGGCGAGGAGUGUUCUCGAGAAGAGCAUGAGGAUGGGGAACAUGAUAACAAGGCUGAGAGUGAAGGUGAAGCUGAAGGAAUGGCUGAUGCCCAUGACGUUGAAGGAGAUGGAAUGCCAUUGCCAUUUUCAGAACGCUUUCUAUUAAACGUGAGGCCAUUGGCAAAGCAUGUUUCCCCAGUAUUACACGACAAGGACAGGAAUUCUCAAGUUUUUUAUGGAAACGACUCCUUUUAUGUGCUGCUUAGACUUCAUCAGACAUUGUAUGAGAGGAUUCAUUCAGCAAAGGUUAACUCAUCAUCCGCUGAAAGGAAAUGGAGGGCCUCAAAUAAUACAAGCUCUACUGAUCAAUAUGACAGGCUCAUGAAUGCCCUUUACAGUUUGCUGGAUGGUUCUUCUGAUAAUACAAAAUUUGAGGAUGAUUGUCGAGCUAUCAUUGGAACUCAAUCAUAUCUCUUAUUCACGUUAGACAAACUGAUAUAUAAACUUGUUAAACAGCUUCAAGCUGUUGCCAGUGAUGAGAUGGACAAUAAGCUUCUCCAAUUAUAUGCAUAUGAAAAAUCAAGAAAGUUUGGAAAGUUCAUUGAUAUAGUUUAUCACGAAAAUGCUCGUAUUCUUCUUCAUGAGGAGAACAUUUAUCGUAUUGAAUACUCACCAAAACCAAAGACACUGUCUAUUCAACUCAUGGACUGUGGACAUGAUAAGCAUGAAGUGACUGCUGUGUCAAUGGACCCUAAUUUUUCAGCCUAUCUGCACAAUGACUUCCUCUCUAUUGUCCCUGAGAAAAAGAAGUCAGGGAUUUUCAUGAAUAGGAAUAAACGUGGAUAUGCCGGUAGUGAUGAUGAGUUUUCAAGCCAAGCUAUGGAAGGACUACAAAUUAUUAAUGGUCUGGAGUGUAAGAUAGCUUGCAAUUCUUCUAAGGUGUCAUACGUUUUAGAUACAGAAGACUACUUGUAUCGGGUGAGAAGCAGAAGAAAAGCCUUGCAUCUGAAGAGUUCAUGCCAUGAACAAGAAAAGUCUUCAGACAUUCGAUCAAGCAGAGCAGCAAGGUUCCGCAAAUUGUUUUCUGCCACAUGACAGUGUACAUUCUGAGUUGGUAGUAUUUUUCAAGCUUCAUCGGUACAGGGGCCGGAUAUAAACGACAUUCUCUCUUGGAAGUUGAUCAAAGGGUGUAUUUUGGAAAUGAUAUUUCAUCAUACUUUAUAGAUAAAGCAAUAAAGGUUACAGAAGGGGAGGCGCGCUGCUCCGAUGAGAGGAGAUUGUAGUAUACCAUAAUUUGAUGGCUGAUGAUGACUCACAAUAAUGUAAAUGUAAAUAGGGGUAAUUUGUUACAGGACAUUUUAUUCCAUUCAUCCAUAAUUUUGUUAUCUAGAUUAUUGUCUUACAUUACCUUUAGCUUCUACCAUAUUGACUAUUGAGGCUAUUUUUUUUAUGAAACUUUUAUUUUUGACAAAUUUUUAUUGAACAUUUGGUGGCUACAAUUGGCCUCCUAUUUCAAAUACUAAGUGCAUUAUGUGAAA